AUGUCGAACAACGACACCCAGAAGCCCUUGCCCUUCGGCUACCAAUUCAUUGCCGGUGCCGUCGCCGGUGUGUCCGAGAUUCUGGUUAUGUACCCCUUGGACGUGGUCAAGACUCGAGUUCAACUCCAGAAGGGUACCGCGGUCGCCGGUGAGGAAUACUACAAUGGCAUGUUCGACUGCCUGCGCAAGAUCGUCAAGAACGAGGGCUUCUCCCGCCUGUACCGCGGUAUCUCCGCCCCCAUCCUGAUGGAAGCGCCUAAGCGUGCGACCAAAUUCGCCGCCAACGACAGCUGGGGCGCCUUCUACCGCAACCUGUUCGGCGCCGAGAAGCAAACACAGUCACUGGCGAUCCUGACCGGAGCGACGGCGGGAGCGACCGAGUCGUUCGUCGUCGUGCCCUUCGAGCUGGUCAAGAUCCGUCUGCAGGACCGCGCCUCGGCCGGCAAAUACAACGGCAUGCUGGACGUCGUGAAGAAGAUCGUUGCCGCGGAGGGACCCCUCGCCAUGUACAACGGUCUGGAAUCCACCCUGUGGCGCCACAUUCUCUGGAACUCGGGUUACUUCGGCUGUAUCUUCCAGGUGCGCGCGCAGCUCCCUGCCGCCGAGCCGGGCAACAAGAGCCAGCAGACACGCAAUGACUUGAUCGCGGGUACGAUCGGUGGUACGGCCGGUACGAUUCUCAACACGCCCAUGGACGUCGUCAAGUCCCGUAUUCAAAACACCUCGAAGGUUCCCGGCCAAGUGCCCAAGUACAACUGGGCUUGGCCUGCCGUUGGAACCGUCAUGAAGGAGGAAGGGUUCGCUGCUUUGUAUAAGGGAUUCUUGCCCAAGGUGCUGAGAUUGGGUCCUGGUGGUGGUAUCCUUCUUGUUGUGUUUACGGGAGUCAUGGACUUCUUUAGGAAUAUGAGGGGCGAGUAAGAUCCUCUUCCCUUUUUUGGAAUGAAUUCUUUCUUGUUUAGUUUCUAUAUUUCUACUUUACUAGAGAUAGGGGAUAGGAAUAGAAAUAGACGGGACAGAGAAAAAGAGAGAGUGAAGGUAUGAAGAGUCUGUUUGUUGUUGUUCAUUUCAUGUUGAAUUUGAAAGUAUUCCCCCUUUUUUCCUUUCCCCUUUCCUUUGCAAUAUUUGCUUUUGAGAUGGUAUUGUAGAUACUGGCAUAUAUUGAUUGAAUGUUACUAGAUCCAUACUAUUCAUGUAGUAUGUAUGUAGGUACCAUGCAACAGUGGCUAGCUG